UUUAUAUUGCUGGACCACACUCCACUCUUGAACAUUAUGUUCACGCUCACAGGUGUAAAGUGGCAUCAAUUAUAAGGGGUCCUUUCUUCUUAUACCACAUUUUCUUGAAUUAUUGUUAAGCCUUUCAUUCAACUUAUUCCCUCUUCUUGUGUCCUUCCUUGGCUUUCUCUCCAUUCUCUGCAUUCCUCUCUCUAAUCUCCCCUUAUCGGCCCGGUAUGGAUCCUGUAAAGGUGCUAGAAGUUCUCUACACUUUUCCGGUGGAGGGAAUACUGAAGUCGGUCGCUUCACUUGCUGCUCAAGAAAUCGGUCUUUUCCGACGAUUCAAAAAAGAACGAACUGAGCUUCAUCAAUCGUUAAUGGAAAUUCAAGGGUUCUUAGGCGAUGUUGCCCACAAACCACAGGAUCAGGGCAUGGCAGUCAGAAACUGGGUCAAGGAACUGAAAGACGUAGCUGAAGAUGCCGAUGACGUCUUGGAGGACAUCAACUACGAAGUUCUCCGGCGUAAAAUAGAAAUUCAAGACCACAUGAAGAAGAAGGUACUUAACUUCUUUUGGCUCUCCAAUCCCAUUUUAUUUCGUCAAAAUAUGGCACACAAGAUUAAGAACAUCAGUGCCUCACUGGCGGUUCUCAAGAGUAAGGCAUCUUUCAUUGGCUUAGUUGAAAGGAGAGUAGAUCCAACCCCUCCAAGUACAGGGGACAGAGAAACCGUCUCAAGCUUCGGUCAUGAUGAGAAGAUCAUCGGAAGGGAGAAGAUUGUGUCGGAUAUCAUUGCAACGUUGAUCGAGUCCAAGAAUCAGGAAAAGAACCUUUCGGUUAAGGCCAUUGUGGGAAUGGGGGGACUCGGAAAGACGACUUUGGCAAAAUCAAUAUUCAAUGAUGAUGCUAUUGGUAGACAUUUUCAGGAAAAAUUGUGGGUGUGUGUGUCCAACACUUUUGAGGUUAAUUUGAUUCUACGUAGGAUGCUUGAAUUGUUCGACCCAAAAAACGCUGGACUUCAGGGUCGGGAAGCAUUGCUGAAACAACUCAACGAAAGUUUGAAAGGGAAGAGAUAUAUUCUGAUACUCGAUGAUGUUUGGAAUGAAGAUGAGGAUUUAUGGAGCAAUUUUAAGAGUUGGUUGUCUGGACUCAAUUCUGCCCCCGGAAGCAUUACCCUUGUUACUACCCGCAGUGCUAAGGUUGCAUCAAUCAUGGAGACAAUGCCUAGGUGUGAUUUGGGGUUCCUACCAGUGGAGGAUUGUUGGUCCAUAAUAAAGAGUAAAGCAUUAUCAAAUGGUAAUGUUUUUCCUCUAGAUUCAGAUCAAGAGCGCAUUGGAAAGGACAUAGCUAAAAAGUGUGUUGGUGUACCAUUGGUGGCAAAGGUUUUGGGAAGCAUUAUGCAUUCUAACUAUAGUACACGUGAAUGGUUGUCAAUUCUACAAAGUAAGAUAUGGGAAUUACCAAAUGAAGAGGAGAAAAUCAUGUCGGUUUUGAAGUUAAGUUUUGAUAAUUUGAAGUCGCCAUUCUUGAAACAAUGUUUUGCAUAUUGUUCAAUGUUUAGAAAAGAUUUUGAAAUUGAACGAGAUAACUUGGUCCAGCUUUGGAUGGCUCAAGGAUAUCUCCAUUCCUCUCCCAACAUGAGCAUGGAGGAUAUAGGCAAUAAAUAUUUUAAUAUUCUAUUGCAAAACUCCUUAUUUCAAGAUGCCAUAGAAGAUGAGUACGGUGGUAUUACCAAAUGCAAGAUGCACGAUCUUGUGCAUGAUCUUGCAGAGGAAAUAUUUAAAUCUGAAAGCUUGAUGGGGGACUCUGACCAGAUGGAUGAUGCACUUAAGAUUCAGCAUGUUGGGCGAAUUUCUUCCACGACACUUGAAAGAAUUCCACAAGGGAGUGUUAGGAGAUUGCGAUCAUUGUUUGUUGAUUGGGAGGUCCCUAGUAACAUCCUCCAAAGGUUUAGAGCUUUACGGAUGUUGAAUUUAUCUGAGGCUGCAAUAGAGGAUUUGCCUAGCUCAAUUGGAAAGUUGAAACACUUGAGAUAUCUCAACAUUUCUAAUACAAGAAUAAAAAAACUCCCAAAAUCUAUUGGCAAGCUCUAUAAUCUUCAGACGUUAAGAAUGUCAGGGACAUGGACUCUUACAAAGUUUCCUAGGGAAAUGGAAAAUUUGAUCAACUUGAGACAUGUUUAUUUCGAUAAGUACAAAGAAGUUCCAUUUGGGAUGACAAGAUUAACUCAUCUGCAAACGCUACUUUCUUUUAUUUUGGAUAGAGCGAGGUGUCAUAGACUUGAUGAGCUAGGUGGGUUAAAUGAAUUGAAAGGGGAACUAGUUAUUGGAGCAUUGGAAUAUGUGAGAGACAAGGAAGAAGCAAUGAAAUCAAAUUUAGUGGGAAAAGCAAACCUACAAAAAUUGAAAUUAAACUGGGGGAAGCACCAUUCUGCGAAUCAUGACGAGGAUAUUCUUGAAGGACUCCAACCGCACUCCAACUUAAAAAGCUUGACGAUUAAGAACUUCAUGGGUACUAAAUUUGCAUCAUGGAUGAUGAGUGAUUCGUUGCUCAUUAAUUUAACGGAGAUUAAGUUAAUCGGUUGGAGAGAAUGUGAAGCGGUCCCACCACUCGGACAGUUGCUGAAUCUUGGAAGGAUUUCCAUUGAGAAAUGCCCCAAACUAAAAUCCUUUCCAAUUGCACAAUUCCAAUCUCUUAAGGAGUUGAAAUUACGUGGUUGCCCAAAUCUAAGAUGCACUUCAAUUCGCAGUCUGCCCUCGCUCUGCAAAUUGGUUAUUGAAAGAUGCACUACUCUCCACCAGCAGCAGCAGCAGCAGCAGCAGGAAGAGGACUUGUCUUUAAACGGUUGCACAUCCCUCCGUGAAUUGACAAUUGAGGGAUGCGAUGGAUUCACAAGUAUACUGAGUGGGCUCCAUUCCUGUACUAGUCUUCGCACACUGGAUAUCACCGGUUGUCCAAAUUUGAGGACCUUGUCGGGUCCUGGGCUACCAACCCCCGCCUCUCUUGAGACAAUGUAUAUAUGGAAUUGUCCUAAUCUUGAGGCUAUUCCCAGUUUAGACAACCUCACGUCCCUCACUGUGCUAGGUAUUAGGAGUUGUGAUGGAUUAACAAGUAUACCGAGUGGGCUUGCAUCCUGCACAGCUCUUACCAGUUUGGAUGUCGAUGGUUGCCACAAUUUGAUAUCUUUGGCGGAUCACAAUUUGUCCAGCUUGCAAUCUCUUUCCUAUUUACGUAUUAGUAAUUGUGGGAAAUUACAAUAUUUGCCCAAGGGGCUGCACUCUCUAUCUCGUUUGAAAAGGAUGAAGAUCGGUCCAUUCUGCGAGGAGCUCGAUUCUUUCCCGGAUUUUCAGUUCCCAUCGCAACUGGAAGAAUUAGAAUUGUACGGGUGGCCUAAGCUCAAGUCUCUGUCUCAGCCCAUUCAACACUGUACUUCUCUUACUUCUUUGUCCAUUUCUGAUUUCGAUGGUGUGGAGGCUCUUCCGGAGUGGUUGGGCGACCUUACAUCUCUUACAAAGUUGACAAUUUCCUCUUGUGAGAAUUUGAGGGCCUUGUCGGGUCCUGGGCUACCAACCCCCGCCUCUCUUGAGACGAUGUCUAUACGGAGAUGUCCUAAUCUUGAGGCUAUUCCCAGUUUAGACAACCUCACGUCCCUCACUGUGCUGGGUAUUAGCAGUUGUGAUGGAUUAACAAGUAUACCGAGUGGGCUUGCAUCCUGCACAGCUCUUACCAGAUUGGAUGUCGAUGGUUGCUACAAUUUGAUAUCUUUGGCGGAUCACAAUUUGUCCAGCUUGCAAUCUCUUUCCUAUUUACGUAUUAGUAAUUGUGGGAAAUUACAAUAUUUGCCCAAGGGGCUGCACUCUCUAUCUCGUUUGAAAAGGAUGAAGAUCGGUCCAUUCUGCGAGGAGCUCGAUUCUUUCCCGGAUUUUCAGGUCCCAUCGCAACUGGAAGAAUUAGAAUUGUACGGGUGGCCUAAGCUCAAGUCUCUGUCUCAGCCAAUUCAACACUCUACUUCUCUUACAUCUUUGUCCAUUUCUGAUUUCGGUGGUGUGGAGGCUCUUCCGGAGUGGUUGGGUGACCUUACAUCUCUUACAAAGUUGAGAAUUUCCUCUUGUGAGAAUUUGAGGACUUUGUCGGGUCCUGGGCUACCAACCCCCGCCUCUCUUGAGACGAUGUCUAUACGGAGAUGUCCUAAUCUUGAGGCUAUUCCCAGUUUAGACAACCUCACGUCCCUCACUGUGCUGGGUAUUAGCAGUUGUGAUGGAUUAACAAGUAUACCGAGUGGGCUUGCAUCCUGCACAGCUCUUACCAGAUUGGAUGUCGAUGGUUGCCCCAAUUUGAUAUCUUUGGCGGAUCACAAUUUGUCCAGCUUGCAAUCUCUUUCUUAUUUACGUAUUAGUAAUUGUGGGAAAUUACAAUAUUUGCCCAAGGGGCUGCACUCUCUAUCUCGUUUGAAAAGGAUGAAGAUCGGUCCAUUCUGCGAGGAGCUCGAUUCUUUCCCGGAUUUUCAGGUCCCAUCGCAACUGGAAGAAUUAGAAUUGUACGGGUGGCCUAAGCUCAAGUCUCUGUCUCAGCCAAUUCAACACUCUACUUCUCUUACAUCUUUGUCCAUUUCUGAUUUCGAUGGUGUGGAGGCUCUUCCAGAGUGGUUGGGCGACCUUACAUCUCUUACAAAGUUGGAAAUUUCCUCUUGUGAGAAUCUGAUGUAUCUGCCUCCGGUCGAAGCUUUGCAACGCCUAACCGAAUUGUCUGUCGAUGGUUGCCACAAUUUGAUAUCUUUGGCGGAUCACAAUUUGUUCAGCUUGCAAUCUCUUUCCUAUUUAUGUAUUAGUAAUUGUGGGAAAUUACAAUAUUUGCCCAAGGGGCUGCACUCUCUAUCUCGUUUGAAAAGGAUGAAGAUCGGUCCAUUCUGCGAGGAGCUCGAUUCUUUCCCGGAUUUUCAGGUCCCAUCGCAACUGGAAGAAUUAGAGUUGUACGGGUGGCCUAAGCUCAAGUCUCUGCCUCAGCCAAUUCAACACUCUACUUCUCUUACAUCUUUGUCCAUUUCUGAUUUCGAUGGUGUGGAGGCUCUUCCAGAGUGGUUGGGCGACCUUACAUCUCUUACAAAGUUGAAAAUUUCCUCUUGUGAGAAUCUGAUGUAUCUGCCUACCGUCGAAGCUAUGCAACGCCUAACCAAAUUACAUGAGCUAGAGAUUUAUGUCUGUCCCCGUCUCAGAGAAAGAUGCGCCAAGGACGGCCCAGAAUGGCCAAAGAUAUCUCACAUAUCACAUAUCACAGACUGGUGAAGAAUCGGAAUCAUUGUCACUUGAUGAUUCAAAAGGCUCUUGCCAGAGUGAUUACGCAACCUUUCGUGUGUGGAAGAUCUAUCUAUUCACAGCUGUGGGAAUCUCAAGUAUCUACGGCAGUGGGGAAGCCGGUACAAUUUUUUCUGUUGCGUUCUAAAUUAAAAGAAAAUGCAACAUUUCUCACAUUUCCGACAGUCGAGAGUUCACAUAGAGUGAUUUCCAUAUGUCCAGAUUCCACAAAUGCGGGUUCCAUGACAGCACCAUGCUAGGUAGUUCAUAGGCUGCAAUGAGACACAGAGAUGAAGAUCUCAACUGGUUUCCUCAUCCUACUGCUCUGCAAAUUUUGUUCAUGGAGAGCGCCAAAUAGGUACCAUAACUAUCAAUGGUUGAAUAAAGAAAUUUGAUGUUUAUAGUUUUACUGGACAACCUGCAAUCGUAGAAAGUGAUGAUCUUGUCCACAUAGUGUAGCGGGUAAAUCCUGAGUUCCAGCAAAGGGAUUUUACAACUAUUUUGUAUUGAAGGAUUUUAGGAGAUUUCAGUGUGAAUUCGGUUUGGAAAGCCUUAUAAACAGCAAUGGCAUGCACAACUUCAACCUCCCAACAUAGAGCCACCAUGGGUUUUGUGCUGUGUCAACUAACACAAUGUUUGGAAACGGAGGUGUCUGGGCAUCGAGAAAGAACUCCAGGCUCAAAUGAAGAAACUUGUGUUAUGAUUUCACCAUACCAGAGUUCACCUAGAGUGAUUUCCAUAUGUUCAGAUUUCACAAAUGCAGGUUCCAUACCAUGCUAGGUAGCUAGUUAGGCUUGACCUUUGCCGGUUCCUACAAACUAUCUCAUUCAUCCCAUGUUCAAAAUUUGGUGGUUUAAAAAUGGGUGUGGAUCUGUUGUGCAGUGAAUCAGUGUAGGAUAAAUACUAGUAUAUAUUCAUAUUCUCUUCGACUUAAUCACUUUGGUCCAAUACUUUGGGUUGUGUGCCUGACUUGUAUGACACCACAUAACCCUAACAGGAACGAUCUUUGAAAUGCCUUGACUAGAAAAUACGUUGGCCUGACCAAAUUGCUCUUUUAGUAUGAACAUUUCAUAAUCCAUUGAUUGUCAUAGACUAGGCAUCUCCAUGUAAUAAGGAUCAUGCAUGUAUUGUGCAAGUUGUGCAGCAUGAAUUACAAAUCCACACUGUCAUAUACGUUUUUCUGUUUUUCUGAUUGGGACAUUGUUGCACGUUUUAAAUACCAGGUAGUUCAUAGGCUGUAAUGAGAUAAAGAGAGAUGAAGAUCUCAACUGGUUUCCUCAUCCUACUGCUCUGUGCAAGUUUCGUUCAUGGAGAGCGCCAAAUAGCUCAGAUCCAAGCAAGUGCAAGUUGUUCCAAUACUUGGAUCAUAACUAUCAGCAGUGGCCCUCCUUCUAGUUAUAGUGCUCAUACUCGUAUGGAAGCUUAGAAGAAAAAGAAAACUAGAACUCAUAUGUUUUUGUCUGCUUAAGCUGAAGAUGGAGAAAAACAUAACAAAACACCUGUAGCAUCAAAGAAGUCCCAGUUCAAUUACGACAAGAUUUUACAAUACACCGAAAAUUUUCAAACUAAAAUCAGGAAGGGAGGAUUUGGGAUUGUAUACCAUGGCUACUUGAAAGAUGGCACUCAAGUUGCGGUUAAAAUACUUUCUCCAUCGUCAUCGCAAGGAGCUAGGGAGUUCCAAACAGAGGUUGAGCUCCUGAUGAGAAUCCAUCUAGAAACUUGGCCUCAUUUAUUGGAUACUGUGAUGAUACCGACAACUUGGCACUUAUAUACAAGUACUUGCCUAACGGAAACCUAAGAGAAUAUCUCUCAGAUGCAGAUAGAAGCUCACAUGUAACAUGGGAAAUGAGACAUCGGAUAGCAUUAGAUAUUGCGUUAGGGCAACAUUACUUGCAUAAAGGAUGCAAUCCACGUAUCCUGCAUAGAGAUGUAAAGAUUGCCAACAUUCUCUUAAGCGAAAACUUGGAUGCAAAAAUAGCAGAUUUUGGUAUGUCCAUGGUUUUUCCCAGUGACAAUGAGACUCAUGUUGUGGCACCGGUCAUGGGCACAGUGCGGUAUUUUGAUCCCGAGUAUGUUCAGACUUCGUGUUCUUAGAAUUUUGAUCAUGACACUCCCUGACUGGUUUGAGAUGAUGUCAAUCGGUGCGUUUUGGGAGGAGCUCGAUUCUUUUCCUGAUUUUCAACCUUCAAGUUCCAUCACAACUCGAAAGAUUAGACUUGUGGGGGUCGCCUAAGCUCGAGUCUCUAACAACUUUGAAGAUACACGAUUUUAAUGGACUGGAGGCUUUACCAGAUUGGUUGGGGAACCGUACAUCUCUUGCCCCCAUUCGUAUUGAACCUUGUAUCACUUGUUCGACGUACUCUGCGUAGUCUUUAGUUUUUGCAGUUUCUCUUUUAAGUGUAAAUGCUAUCCAACUUUAGUCGCAUUACGCUCUAAAUUAAGAUUGAUAAGAGUGAACAUUAUGAUCUAUUGAACUUCAGUUGGAUGUCCAUACUUUUGAUAUUUGAAAGAAAAAUGUGCCUUGGGACGAAA